AUGUCUUCGCACAACGAACUCAGUGACUGUGAAGCACAAGAGUCCAUUUCCGAGUACUCAGAUGAUCUUAUCUCAGAGGAUGAUAUUUCGGAGACAAGUGAAGACCGCGCAUUCGUGGUAUCCGAUGGAGAACAAUCGGCCUAUUCGAACAGAUCCUCUGCGUCUUUCAAUGACAGCCAGUAUUCCUCCAAUGACUCUUCUAAUUUUAAUGGCCAGAAAGUCCCGCUAUGCAUAGUUACCAAACGUACUAUCGAACAAAACGGCGGUCCCGUUGUACAAUAUUUAGUGAUAUGGCAGUCCUGGGAGCAGGAAAAACCACAGAUAAGGAGGGAUUUGGAGGUUUGA